GAUGUAAUCGUCCUAAUAUACGCAUCGAACGUCGAUUUGGUCUACAUUUUGUAAUUUAGCGAAAGAUACGUAAGAUAAAAAUACCAUUUACGAAAAUUGUGAAAGUUUAAUAUACGUUGUGUAUGUACGUGCAUAUACGUAUAUUACGAUACAUUUUUUGAAGAAGUUGACAAAAAUAUAUGUGACAAACACAAAUACAUUUUAUCGUCAGAUAUUAGAUAAAAUAAAUUUUGCAAGCGUGGACCGUACGUAAUCGUAGGGUAAAGAAGAACAGUAGCAAUAAGAAAGUGGGUAAAGCUGCCAUGUUUUCGCCCCACCGUCUCAGAGUGAAUCUGCAUUUUAUAAGGAGUGCAGCCAAUAUCGGAUCGUGUAGUAGCACCGUCAGGUUGUCGCCGAUACUGUGCGAGAAGAUUCAUCUAUCUCACGAACGUUUUGGACAUUCAUUUGUUAGAACAUUUAGUGCUUCAUCCGCAACUAUGGCAAAAAUAAAGGCUGGCCCUGUGGUCGAUAUCUUAGGAGAUGAGAUGACACGUAUCAUAUGGGAUUCUAUUAAGGAGAAACUGAUAUUACCUUAUCUAGAUGUUGAAUUGCAUACAUAUGACUUGGGUAUCGAAAAUCGUGAUGCAACCAAUGACAAUGUAACCAUAGAGUGUGCCGAAGCUAUUAAGAAAUAUAACGUAGGAAUCAAAUGUGCCACUAUCACACCCGACGAGAAAAGAGUAGAAGAAUUCAAGUUGAAAGAAAUGUGGAAAAGCCCCAAUGGUACUAUCAGAAAUAUUUUAGGUGGCACAGUUUUCCGCGAAGCUAUUAUUUGCAAAAACAUUCCCCGUCUGGUAACUGGUUGGAAUCAGCCAAUCAUCAUUGGUAGACAUGCCCAUGCCGAUCAGUACAAAGCUACAGACUUUAUAGUACCUGGACCCGGGAAACUUGAAAUUGCAUGGACCGGAGACGAUGGACAGAAACUCCAGUACACGGUUCAUACUUUCAAAGGACCUGGCAUCGCGCAAGCUCAGUAUAAUACAGAUGAAAGUAUACGCGCGUUUGCUCAUAGCUCCUUCCAGUAUGCUCUAUCGAGAAAUUAUCCUUUGUACCUCUCGACGAAAAACACAAUUCUUAAAAAAUACGACGGUAGAUUCAAAGACAUUUUCCAAGAAAUAUACGAUAAAGAAUAUAAAGCACAAUUCGAAGCAAAAAAGAUUUGGUACGAGCAUCGUUUAAUAGACGACAUGGUAGCGUACGCAAUGAAGUCGGAGGGUGGUUUCGUAUGGUCUUGUAAAAAUUACGAUGGAGAUGUUCAGUCAGAUUCCGUGGCGCAGGGAUACGGAUCCUUAGGUCUGAUGACUUCGGUCUUACUUUGUCCGGAUGGACGUACCGUGGAAGCUGAAGCUGCUCAUGGCACCGUCACUAGGCACUAUCGUCAGUAUCAACAAGGAAAAGAGACAUCGACUAAUCCUAUUGCUUCGAUAUUUGCAUGGACCAGAGGUUUACUUCAUCGUGCAAAACUGGACAAUAACGAUAAACUUAAACGAUUCGCGGAAACUCUAGAAUCAGUUUGCAUCAACACCAUAGAAGCAGGUUUCAUGACGAAAGAUCUCGCGAUUUGCAUCAAAGGCAUGAGCAACGUCACUAGAUCAGAUUACUUGGAAACAUUCGAAUUCAUGGAUAAACUGGCGGAAAACCUGAAGAAAGAACUCAAAUGACUUGGAGUUGUUUUACCUGGUAUAAUACAAUCGAAGUAUUAAAAAAAUAUAUCGGAAAACUAGUAUAUACCACUGGUUACGGGGAAAAGACGUGCAUUUAAUCUGCAUAUAAUGAAUUGUAAACACAAUGCAGAGAUACAUAGAAAAUUAAGAUUAAUAUAUUGUAAGAAUGCAUUUCAAAAUUUCGUUUUUAUAUCAUGUUAAUUGCAUUUUUCUUAUACAGAGAUUUUUAAAUAAUUGUUAAUUAUGAAUGAAAUCGAAUGAAUCGAC